GUGAGUUUCAGUGAGCAUAUCCAGUUACACAGAAGACUUGUUCCAACAAUGACAGUCAUUAAGCAGAGAGGACGGAGGGGCAUUCUGCUCCCAUCACAGGCUGAGACCAAGAAAGGUGGUCCAGAGAAAUGUCUUCUAAAACCGAUUCUCCUCCAUCCUAUGAGGACUCCCUGAAGGAUCCUAAGUUUAAUAAUUACCCCUUCCAGGCACAACAUGGCGCCCCUCUUCCCCCUCCGCCGUCCUACAGCCCCAGUCCCGGCAUGUGUCCAGGCCCCGGCUUCCCUCCGCCUGUCAUGCCCAUCCCCACUCUGUCAGCAGGACUGUCUGCGUCCAGCCCAGGAGAAAUGGAUGACUUUUUCAGCGACCAGUGGGAAAGCACGUCCGUUCGACAUGCCUUCAUCAGAAAAGUUUACUUGAUUUUGACUGUGCAGCUUGCGUUCACCUUUGCAGUCGUUGGUGUCUUUACAUUUGUUGACCCAGUGAAGAUGUUUGUCACCCAAUACCCAGCAAUCUACUGGGCUUCUUUUGCUGUUUUCUUUUUGGUGUAUUGCAUUCUCAUAUGCUGCAAAGAGCCAAGGAGGCGUUUUCCAUUGAAUCUGGUGCUGCUGGGAAUAUUUACUGUUGCCCUGUCUUAUAUGGCUGGAACAGUUUCAAGCUAUUAUGAAACCAAAGCAGUGAUAAUCGCCAUGGGAAUAACAGGAGUAGUGUGCAUAGCCGUGACAGUGUUCUGCUUCCAGACGAAGGUGGACUUCACCUCCUGCGGGGGAUUUCUCUGCAUAGCUGCUGUUUUGCUCAUGAUCAUUGGGAUUGUUACAUCCAUCGUCCUCUCCUUCCAAUAUGUCCCCUGGCUGCACAUGCUCUAUGCUGCAAUCGGAGCCAUCAUUUACACUCUGUUUUUAGUCUACAACACUCAGCUUCUCAUCGGGAAUCGGGAGCUGGCCAUCAGCCCAGAGGAGUACAUCUACGGAGCGCUCUCUCUCUACGUUGAUAUCGUUCACAUCUUCCUCUUCAUCCUGCAAGUCAGCGGAGCGGCAACCGAGUAAAGCAAUCACCCAGCAACAUUUUAUCAGAAAAUCCUGAAUGUACAGAGUAUUUUGGGGAACAAAGUCACAUGUAUGCAUGCGCACCAAUCAAAAAAGUACUUUGUGUAAAACCUAUUCACCAUUAUGUAAACUUUAUUAUAGUUUUAUUUAUGUUUGUAACACUGAAGCACUUUGAUGCUCUCUUUGGAGCCAAGUAUGAGUGAAGAGAGGCACUUAUUUAUGAUGUAAUAUUUAUGUACAUAAGAAAAAAAAAAAACAUGUAUCUGAAUUAUCAAUCCUUUCAAACCUAAUUAUUAUUUUGGUAAUUUAUGUUCUUUCAGCUCCCAGCAAGAAACAAAAACAUUUUUCUUUUAAUUAGCCAUUUUUAUUUCCCAUUAAUUACUUAUAAAACACAUUUAGUUACAGGCAAACUGUUGAAAACCACAAUCAUUAUACUUAAUGUUUGUUCUGGUAAUACAAAGGACUCUGAUUUGUGUUACAGUUGUUCAAUCCACAUAAUUAACCCCUAGAAAACCCUUGUUAAUUAGAAGAUUAAUUAAACGUGUGCAGCCUCCUCUGGGAGUGUUCUGGCCCUUCCUUC